UUGUGUUUCAAAUUGUAUGUCCCAGUGUGGAAUCGUAUCCAAAUCGGGCCCCAAGCUGGUAUAUCUACGUGGUAUAUGUGGCCUUUCAGAGUUGUAUAUUUCUGCCCAAUUGCCAAUACUCAGUGCACUAUAUAUCUUGAGUGGAGAGCAAAAACUCCUACCUUCUCUGUUUAUAGCUCCUCACUCUCAUUUUCCUCCCUUUGGCUUUAGUCUACUAAUUUUAUUGCAGAAGAAGAAGAAUUAUACUCAGAGUUAGAGCUUAUUUCCCGCCAAAACAACAAAGAAAUUAAUCUUUUUUCUUUUUCCACCCAUCAACUUGUUUCGCAAAUCAUUGUAUUUGUACCAGUGUACUCUCCAACUUUUUCCACAGUUUCUUCUUUAGCAAUAAUAUUAGUGACUAAAGCCCAUAUAAAUUUAUUCACUCCAACCAGUUCUUGAUUGUUCUGAUACUGCAAAAAGAUGGAAAAUUUUCGCUCUACUUGUAUGAUGGUAUUUUUUUUAAUGUUUUUUCUGUGCUCAAUUUGUUCCUUUUGAGAAAAAAUCUUUUGAUCACUUUGGUGUAGCCAUGACGGAAAAUUCAGUUCCGGUCAUUAAAUUCACCCAACACAUAGUAACUACAAACAAGCAUGUUUUUAGUGAGCACAGUGAAAAACCCAAUUCAGAGACAAAGGUUUUACAGAGAGUUGUGAGGAUUAUACUUACAGAUGCUGAUGCUACAGAUUCUUCCGACGAUGAAGGACGAAAUACUGUACGCAGAGUGAAGAGGCACGUGACGGAGAUCAACCUCAUGCCGUCACCUAAAUCGAUAGGUGACAGAAAACGAAGAUCGGUUUCAUCAGAUUCUGACGUCACUCGCCGGAAAAAGUUCAGAGGCGUUCGUCAAAGGCCGUGGGGUCGUUGGGCAGCAGAGAUUCGGGACCCGACCCGGGGGAAACGGGUAUGGCUGGGAACUUAUGAUACACCAGAGGAAGCAGCUACCGUUUACGACAAAGCUGCAGUUAAGCUCAAAGGUCCCGACGCUGUUACCAAUUUUCCGGUAUUAACAACGGCGGAGGUAACUGUAACGGAAACGGAAUCGGAUUCUGUUGCCGACGGUGGAGAUAAAAGCGAAAACGACGUCGCUUUGUCACCCACCUCAGUUCUCUGUAACGAUGAUUUUGCGCCGUUUGAUAACCUGGGUUUCUGCGAAGUUGAUGCUUUUGGUUUCGACGAUGAUUCACUUUUCCGGCUGCCGGAUUUUGCUAUGUCGGAGAAAUAUUACGGCGAAGAAUUCGGCGAGUUUGACUUUGACGAUUUUGCCCUUGAAGCUCGAUAGUAGAGCGGGGGCUAUUUCGUCUAUUUUAGUAAGAUGGGGGUCACUGGUUAGUUGACUGGUGACGUGGCAUUUUUUGCGGAAAUAUAUAUAAUGAUUAGCAAUCUAUUCAUACGAGAAGACUUUGUGAGAGAUUUUUGUUUUUGUUUUUAAUUGUGGGUGAAUAUUGUAAUAUGAAAAAAUUUGUAUGGUGAAAUUGAAAUAGAGUUAAUUAAUGAUGAAGAGAAGGAACGUUAAGGGGAGAGCGUUUAAUUUUUUACGAUCGAGGUGUGUAUUAUGAUUCUAAAAAAAAAUAAGUUAUGCUUUUUAUGUCUGAAA